UGGCGUGUUACGUCUUUGAGAGGAGUUCCGGGGGGGGGGAAAUAUAAUAUUAAUAAAAAAAAAAAAAAAAGAAAACUGCCUUUUCCUGUCUGGGAGUUCAAAGUGCACGUGCACGCCGAUCGCAACUUAUUGAACGGAUAGCGUGUGAAAAAUGUGUAAAGUCCGAAUUCUAAGAGAGUUGGUGAAGCAGCGACUGAACGUGGCCGUCGAAGAGAUUUUCGGACUGCUUGAGAGGACGAUGGCGGACUACGAGGAGGAACUUGGUCGCAAAUUGGAGACCGAGCGACGACAAGGCAAACUGCUGGACGCUCUUUUCAAGCCUCGUGUUCGACUACACAGAACAGACAUCCAGCAGGCGUUGGGGGAGAGUCAACAAGAGGCUCCCCGUGACGCUCAGCAGCAGGAGCCAGCAGAACCCCCCCGCAUUAAAGAGGAAGAGGAGAACGUGCAGGGGACGGCCGACGUCGGCACGUCGACGGUGAAGAGUGAAGAUGGCGCAGGCCGGAGUCAAAGUGGAGCGGCCCGUUUGCUCCGCGGCCCGUUUGCUCCGUCGUCGGAUAUGGACGCCGCCAUGUCUUCUGAUCAGGAUUUUAAAGACGUCCAGCAGGUGUUGGAGGAGAUUCAAGAAGAGGUUCCCCGUGACUCUCAGCAGCAGCAGGAGCCAGCAGAACCCCUCCGCAUUAAAGAGGAAGAAGAGGACACGUGGAAGUCGGCAUUUAGCGGCGUUCCCAAGAAGAGUGACGAUGACGCAGUCGGCGGUCAAAGUGGAGCGGAGCCUGCGAGCGCCAGCUCAUUCGCUCCGUUGUCAGUCAUGGACGACGCGAUGUCUUCUGAUCGGAAGUCCAAAGGUGAUCCGACGCAUCACAAUGACAACAAAGACCGUAAGGUGUUGCAGGGUGGCGAGACGUUUGGCCACAGUGGCGGCUUGGAAAGCCACGUGACGGCACGCACCAGGGAGAAACCGUUUGUUUGCUCAUUUUGCGCCAAGAGAUUCCCCGAGAAGCAAGAGAUGAAAAAACACAGGAGGAUCCACAGAUUCCAGAUUCCCUACACCUGUUCGGUGUGCGGCAAAGUCUUGGCCAAUUAUUACGAACUGAUCGUGCACAUGAAAACGCACACCGGCGACAAACCCCUCAGCUAUUACAUCUGCAACAAAUCCUUCUCCACAAAGUACAAGACGGAUACCCACAUCCAGGUGAAGAACGCGGACGCCGAGAUGCCCUUCGUCUGUCCCGUCUGCGGCAAAGGAUCCGCCACCCUCAGUUGCAUGACGAUGCACUUGAGGGAACACGGCAGGGAGAAAAAGUUCGCCCGCCUGCCGCGCAACGGACAAUUCACCAGCGAGCGGAUGAUGAAUGAUCACACGUACAGUACGCGCUGACGACCGCUGCAUAUUUCUAUACAAAUAUUUGUAUAUAAUGAGAUUGCUGUCUUAACAUUGUCAAUAAAGUGAUACAUUUCCGAGGAAAA